CUUCAGUUUGCCAGCGGUUGAGUCUAAUUUCAUAAACUUUGAAGAACUUCACUUCAGCCUGAGUUUCCUCUGCAAGCGCUCCCGUCCUGUCCGCUGCUGAAAGUUAAGGCGCCGAGUCUUCAUCAUGCAUGACAGCUGUGCUCUCCAUUUUUUAAUGUGUUCACUGCUCCUGAGUAUCGGUCUGAAUGCGAUGUCAGUGAACGCUGAUGAUGAGACGGAUCUGGUGGUCCCAUUCGAGUUAACCGGGGACGAAGUCCACCUGUUGCAAGAAGUACUUGGGCGGAGCGGGCGCAGACGGGGGCAGCGCUCCUUGGCGCAGCAAGAAAGCUACCACCUGGAGAAGGAUGAGGAUAACCUGUUUCUUGUAUUGCCUGCCUUCGGCAGAGAGCUGUAUUUACAGCUCAAAAGGGACGCGGGAUUUAUUUCUGAAGGUUUCGUCAUCGAAGAGAAGAACGAUAAAGAGACCGCGCUGACACAUAUUCCCCAUAGCCAGCUGUGCUUUUACACCGGACGGGUUCUCAAUCACAGCAACUCUUACGCGGCACUGAGUACUUGCGGUGGUCUGACUGGUCUGGUGCAGACGGGAGACGAUAGCAUGUUCAUCGAGCCAGUGAACGGCGCUGAGAAGUCCUUCUCCGGCGCGGAGCACAAGGUCAUCAGGCAGAAACGAUCCCCCGACCCCAGCUCCCCUGCAUCUGAACUCCACAACAAGCACUGCGAAAUCAUACAAGGAAAGAAGAAGGAGAAGAGGACCAAAUCAGCGGAGGACGGGAGGGGCAGGAGGAACGCCAUCAGGCUGAGCGGGGAGUACACGGUGGAGACGGUGGUGGUGGCCGACUCGGACAUGGUGCAGUACCACGGCGCGGAGGCGGCCCAGAGGUUCAUCCUCACUGUCAUGAACAUGGUGUACAACAUGUUUCACCACAAGAGCCUGGGCGUCAGACUCAACAUCCGCGUGACCAAGCUGGUCCUGCUCCACAGCCGGCCGGAUAAGCUGAAGGUGGGCCACCAUGGGGAGCGGUCUCUGGAGAGCUUCUGCCACUGGCAGCACGAGGAGUACGGGGGCGCGCGCUACCUGGGAAACAACCAUGUCCCGGGAGGAAGGGACGACCAGCCGCCCGUGGACGUGGCCGUGCUCGUCACCAGGACGGAUUUCUGUGUCCAUAAAGAUGAGCCGUGUGAUACAGUAGGCAUCGCCUAUCUGGGAGGGACCUGCAGCUCCAAGAGGAAGUGCGUGCUGGCAGAGGACAAUGGGCUCAACCUGGCCUUCACCAUCGCGCACGAGCUCGGCCACAACAUGGGCAUGAGCCACGACGACGACCAUUCCGCCUGCACCGGCCACUCCCACAUCAUGUCUGGCGAGUGGGUGAAGGGCCGCAACCCCAGCGACCUCUCCUGGUCCUCCUGCAGCCGGGAUGACCUGGAGAACUUCCUCAGGUCGAAAGCCAGCGGCUGCCUGCUGCAGACGGAUCCCCGCAGCCGCCACGCGGUCCGCCUGCCCCCCAAGCUACCCGGCAUGCACUACAGCGCCGACGAGCAGUGUCAGAUUUUGUUUGGCACCAACGCGACGUUCUGCAAUAACAUGGAGCACCUGAUGUGCGCCGGGCUGUGGUGUCUGGUGGAGGGAGACUCUUCUUGCAAAACCAAACUGGACCCUCCCCUGGACGGGACAGAAUGUGGUGCUGAUAAGUGGUGCAGGGCGGGAGACUGUGUCAGUAAGACGCCCAUCCCCCAGCACGUGGACGGGGACUGGAGCCAGUGGAGCCAGUGGAGCAUGUGCAGCCGCACCUGUGGGACAGGGGCCAGGUUCAGGCAGAGGAAGUGCGACAACCCCCCCCCGGGGCCCGGAGGGAAGCAGUGUCAGAAGGCCAGCGUGGAGCACAAGGCCUGCGAGGGCCCGCCGUGUGCCAAGGGCCUGCCCACCUUCAGGGACCAGCAGUGCCAGUCGCACGACCGACAGGCCGGCAAGAAGAAGAGCAACAUGUGGACGGCCGUCGUCAACGACGAAAAGCCAUGCGCCUUGUUUUGCACCCCCGUGGGCCGCGAGGUUCCCGUCUUAGUGGCCGAACGUGUCCUGGACGGCACCCCGUGCGGCCCCUACGAAACGGACCUCUGUGUGAACGGGAAGUGCCAGAAAAUUGGCUGUGAUGGCAUCAUCGGCUCGUCGGCCAAAGAGGAUCGCUGCGGCGUGUGCAACGGCGAUGGCAAGUCCUGCAAGAUAGUUAAGGGAGACUUCAAUCACACCAAAGGAAUGGCUCUGAAAGACUCCAGCAAAAGAUCCAUCAACAACGACUGGAAGAUCGAACUUCCCGGGGAAUUCCAGCUGGCUGGCACCACGGUCCGCUACGUUAGGAGGGGACUCUGGGAAAAAAUGUCCGCCAAGGGACCCACUAAAACACCCUUGCACCUGAUGGUGCUGCUGUUCCAUGACCAGACCUACGGCAUCCAUUAUGAAUACACCAUCUCCCUCAACCGGUCGCUGGAGAAUGAGAGCGACCCGCAGAAGGAGCCACCGCACCUCUACAUCUGGACCCACAGCAGCUGGGGGGAGUGCAGUGUCCAGUGUGGAGGAGGGGAGAGAAGGACCAUCGUUUCCUGUAUGAAGAUCGUCAACAAGACCAUGACCCUGGUGAACGACAGCCACUGCCAUGCGGAGAAUCGGCCCGCGCCGCAAGUCAGGCGCUGCAACUCCCACCCAUGCCAAUCACGGUGGGUGACAGGCGAGUGGGGACCCUGCUCGGUCACCUGCGGGAAAGGCCUGCAGAUGCGGGAGGUGACGUGCGUGUACCAGCUGCAGAACGGCUCCUACAUCAACACCCGGGACCUCUACUGCCUGGGGCCCAAGCCCGCCCCCAUCCAGGGCUGCGAGGGGCGCGGCUGCCUCACCGUCUGGGAGGCCUCGGAGUGGUCCAAGUGCUCAUCGGACUGUGGGCGGGGCACCCGGAGACGCUCCGUCACCUGCACCAACCCCCAGGGCCAGUGUGACCCCGCCUCCCGCCCCAGUGAGGAGGAGGCCUGUGAGGAUCACUCCAAAUGCUAUGAGUGGAAGACGGGGGACUGGUCAAAGUGCUCGUCGUCCUGUGGGAGGGGUCUGCAGUCCAGGGUAGUCCAGUGCAUGCACAGAGUGACGGGGCGCCAUGGCAAUGAUUGCCCAGUGGUGUUAAAACCUCCAGCCUACAGACAGUGCCACCAGGGGGCGUGCAAUGAAAAAGUCAACGUCAACACCAUCACAUCUCCCAGACUUGCUGCUCUGACAUACAAGUGCACGGGGGACAAGUGGACCGUGUACUGCCGGGUCAUCAGGGAGAAGAACCUAUGCCAGGACAUGAGAUGGUACCAGCCCUGCUGCCAGACGUGCAGAGACUUUUAUGCAAGCAAAAUGCCACGAAAGAGUUAAUGACUCUUGUGA